AUGGACAUUCGUACAUGGCUGAAAAAGCCAAACACUACACCGGCAGUGUCCCCGCAGCCUGGCAGCAGCUACAGGAGAACCGGAGAAGCCGAAGAGUACCUGCCGAGGCCAUGGCAGCAGGUGCCGAGGCAAAUGGAGGAGAGUGAUUCUCCCGCCAUUCCCCCGGUGCCAACAGCCUCUGACCCGGGUUCAGCGGUGUUCGGGGCGGCGAGGCCACCAUCGCACUCGCAGCAACAGCUUUGUUUACCAGAAGACCUCGGAGUUGAAAAGCCAGUUCAAGGCACGCCUGUCCCUCCAAAACGACUGCGGCAGACCACCGGGGCCCUUCAGGACUACGUGGUGAGUGAAGGCCUUGGGCAGCGCGAAGCAGACAUCCAACAGGAGUGUAAGCGCCUGUUUUUUGCCAUAAUAGUAAACCCCGGGCUGUGCUUAAACCCGUGGAUCAGCCGCUCUCAUCAUUAUCAGGCCCGGUGUUUGAACAGCGCUAAUCUGCCGUUACGCUCCGACUCUCUGUUUGUGAAGAACGAAUCCUGCUUCCAGAAAGUGGAGUGA